CACUUCUAAAAUAUUCAUGAGGUUGCUAUUGUUGAUAUAAUUGCUAUAGGAAAAACAUGGCCAUGUGUAUGUUUUCUGAACGUCUUGUAAACAUUGGGCUUCGGCCUUCUCAGUCCAGUUUUCUGUUUUACUGAGUCUUGACUUUAUUUUAAAGAAAAAUGUUGGAGAUGUGUUCUUCCAGGGGUGGUAGUUAUCAAAUUUUGUGGUGUUUGGUAGUUUAAUGGCUGUAGAAUGAUGUUCAACAUCGUGGUUUAUGUUAGUUUGGUUGUUUGUAGGAUGGUGUUGUGCAUCGUGGUGUUCGGUGGAUUGUUACUCUUUAAGAUAAUUGGUGUUGUACAUCGUGAAGUUUGAUAGCAUUGUAGUGUGUAAAAUGGUAAACUCACACUCAAGAUUAAAAAAUAACUAUACUUUCUUUCUUGGAUCUGUAGUUUAAACUGAAACUUGUGAAUAUCAAUAACUGAAGAACACAAAACAAUGCACUUGCUGCCACCAUAUUGCCACUUGACACCUUGCCCUGACCUUGACUUCUUCCAACGUCCGAGACUCCGAGCAAGCAAAGGCCUGGUCGUGGCCUGGUGACGACAACUUAUUUAAAUAAAAAGAGCGGCAUUUUGAAAUUUGAAAUUUCUGUUUAUCGAGGUACGUGAGGGACUGUAAUCUGGCUUUUUACUUCAGUGGAUCAUACAAAAAAUGCAUAAAAUGAGGAGAACAACUUCUGGAUCGACAAAUCAGGGCAAUAGAAGCCGAAUUCCGACCAAAGAAAAGCAAUCUAGAUCGUCGAUUAGUCAGGGCGGUCGUCUUUCUAAUACUGGUGCGAGGUCGUCUGGCAUAUCGCGUCCGAAAACAUCUUUUGGAGCUAGCAGCAGAAAAUCAAGUCAAUAUGGACGUGAAUCGUAUAUGCAAAUAAAAGACUCAAGACCACUUAGUGAUAAAUCUUAUCAGCAUCAAGAAAUACAAGACAUAUUGCAGUUUCUUUCGGUCAACGAUUACCAGCAUCCAAUCUCCAUGAAGACAAUGACGAUUCCAACGAGCAAAGAGUUCCUGAAAGUAUUUUCCUUCCUUUAUAGCCAUAUCAGUCCAACGGACACGUAUAAAAAACUAAUAGAAAAGAAACCGGAAGAGGAAGUACCGAAAAUAUUCAAGAGUCUUGGUUACCCCUUCACCAUUCAUAAAACAUCAUUAUCCAAUGUUGGCUCACCUCACACAUGGCCAGUGCUCCUUGGUGCACUUCACUGGCUUAUGGAACUUGUCAAGUUGGCUCAAAAUGUUAAUGACACCAUCGACGAAUGUCUGUUUCCCAUGAAUGAUGAGGACAAGUUGUAUUUUGAUUACCUUGAGAAAGCGUACGAAGCGUUUAUUUACGGUCAAGACUUAGAUAAUCUGGAUGAGUACACAGAAGCACUAUAUGAAGAACUGAGAAACAAGAAUGCUCCACUUAUUGCAGAAAACGAAGAGCUGAGUCACGAAAACAAGCUACUGGAGGAAGAACUGGCGAGACUUGAAAGUGAACCGUCAAAGCUUGAAGCAUUAGUGGAACAGAAGAGAACACUAGAGCUCGACAAGACUAAAUUCGAGACCUACAUCACUGAUCUCGAGAAGCAUCGUCUCAAACUUGAGGAAAGAAAAAUUCAGAACGAAGAAGAAUUGAAUGAUCUCAAUCUGGAGUACACAGCAACAUCAAGAGAGAAAGAGCAGCUGGAGAAAGUGCUUGCAAAGCAAGAACUUAGUGCGGCCGAUGUGCAACGCAUGAAACAUAAAGCUGGCGAGCAAAGGAGAAUUUUAGAAAAACUCGAUGAAAGAAGAGAUACGCUGGAUCAAGAAAUAUGGGAGACCGAAAUGAAUCAUGCGCGCAGAUACGAGCAGGUUCUUGCAAAAAUUAAAGAUUACAACGAGAAAGGUCGUAAAUUAAAGUUGAUCCCGAGCUCAGCUGAAAAUGCCUGUGGCAAUGAUUACGAGCUGCAGUUGAACGGUGGUAGAUUGUCGUUGGAUGUUCGAGGUCAUUUAACGCCCAAAUUGACGCGUUUCAAGCAGCAGAUUACGGAGGAAACGUUUCGCUACGACGCAGACACAUUGAAGCUUAAGGAAAAACUUGACUUGGUGCAGGAGCAAAUAAGCGAAAAGCAAUAUGAUAUACAAUUGUCGAAUGAUAAGACUGCCACCGUGGACAAAGAAUUGGCCUGGAACAUACAGCAAUACGACGAAGAAUUAAAAAUUUUGUCCGAUGGAAUUGAAGAUCAGCGUAAUCUGAUAGAUCGAUUGAGAUUGGAUAAUCAAACAGAAAUGUCAGGAAAAAGAAAGAAACUCGAGGAUGCCAAAGAAAGAUUAAAAUCAACAGAAGCAGAGUUGAAGCGUGAAGAAGAAUCUUUAAAAUCAUUUUUACGUAAUGGGUGUGAGCGUGUUCUGAAACACAAGGCUAUAAUAGAGAAUCGUGUUAAAGAAGUUCAAAAGAACACGAAGGAAUGGUCUGUGAAAAUGAGGAGUGCUAUUCCCGAGGUUUCCUGCGUUCUUUCCAAAGAAGAAAUCGAUAGGAUUCUAGAAGAUAGCCAUGAAGAAGUUCAAGAAAGUGCUAACCUCGAGGAAGUUAAUAAGUAAUAAAGUGAUGUCUUAUGUUACGUAUGUCGCUUCUUGUAAAUACUAAAUACUGUUGAAAUACAAACUUGUUUUUUUUUUGUAAA